AUGGCAUCCAAAGCCUCGUUCUCAAUCAUUCCAUGUGUAAAGCGAAAGGAGGAAAAGGAGAAAAGAAAGAGAUCAUUCUUGAAGAAUGGAAGCAUCUUACUAGAGGAUCUAAUUGCUUCUUGUGAUGGAAAAUCUCAUCCUAUUCGUUGUUACUCUGCUGCUGAGAUCAUCGGAGCUGCCAACAACUAUCCUUCUUGCAUUAUAGAUAGAUCACCCUUCGCAGAGUUGUACAGGGGUAUUCUAGAUGACCGAACAGUUAUCAUUAAGAAGUACAGAGAUUGGGUCGACACUGACAGGGCUAUUCGUGAUAUUAUCAUAUCAAUGCAGAUGAACUCCCAUAAGAAUUCCUUGAAAUUAUUAGGCUGCUGCUUAGAGUUCGAGAUGCCAGCUUUGGUGUUUGAAAAUGCAGGAAAAGGAGGUCUCAACUUUGAUGGAAGUUUAGUAGCGGAUAAUGAAUUAUUACCAUGGAAAACUAGACUGCGUAUUGCAAAGCAGCUUGCUAGUGCACUUACAUACCUACAUACUGCCUUUCCAAGGCCCAUCAUUCAUAGGCGUAUAACAUCCCACUGCAUUUUAUUGGACGAUGACUAUGUUCCCAAACUCUUCGACUUUUCAUUGUCCCUAACCAUUCCUCCUGACCAAUUGUAUGUUCAAGAAGAUUUCGCAACAGGGAGAAUGGGGUACCUUGACCCUACUUACGUAAAGACUUGUCAAAUUUCCGAAAAAACUGAUGUUUAUUGCUUUGGUGUGAUUUUACUUAUAUUCUUGAUGCGACGACAAGCUGCACAUUGGAAUGAUGCAGGAAAUGUGUGGGAAUACCUUACUAGAGAUCCAAAACUUAAUGUUUCUGAUGGACAGAUUCAAAUAGAGACAAUUGCGGACCCUAAAAUCCUUGAGGAAGUCGGGGGAGAUGAGCAAGCACAACAGCAACUGCAGGAUUUCCUAGCACUGGCAUUGUUGUGCAUCCAAGAGGAAACGGAAGCAAGGCCAGAUAUGAUUGAUGUGGCCAAAGAGCUUGUACGAAUUGACAAGUCUAUCUUGCCUUAG